AGCUUGCCAGCCUGCGUGGUUGGAAACUAGCUAGCGGCUUGUACAGUAUAAACCCCGGCCAGAGAAAGCACCCGGCAGGUGGACCAAGCCAAAGCCCGGGACGAAGCGUACUCCUCCACCCUUCCACCUAGUCCAUUGAAGAGGAGAGCUCUCCAUUGUAAUGGGGGACGAGGAAAGAGGAGCGGCGGCGGCGCCGCUGCUGCUGCCAGCGUCGCCGUCGUCGGCGAGCCGUCACCACGAGGCGGGGUGCCCCGGCUGCGCGCUGGACCGGAGGAAGGAGAGCUCCGGCGGCAGGAUCCCCUACAAGGAGCUCUUCUUCGUCGGCCUCACCACCCUCGCCUCAUCUUUGCCCAUCACAUGCCUCUUUCCCUUUAUGUAUUUCAUGGUUAGAGACUUCCACGUUGCUAAAACAGAGGAAGAUAUAGGGUCUUAUGCUGGUUUCCUUGCUUCUUCGUACAUGAUUGGCAGAGCCUUUUCUGCGAUUUUUUGGGGCAUUGUGGCGGACCGUAUUGGACGGAAGCCUGUCAUUGUAUUUUCCAUCCUGUCUGUGGUCAUAUUUAACACACUGUUUGGACUAAGUACAGAGUACUGGAUGGCAAUAGCUACAAGACUUGUUCUAGGUUCCCUAAAUGGUUUACUUGCUCCAAUAAAGGCUUAUGCUAUUGAAGUUUGUCAAGCUGAACAUCAUGCUCUUGGGCUCUCAGUUGUGAACACAGCGUGGGGUUUUGGUCUUGUAAUCGGUCCAGCUCUUGGAGGCUACCUUGCUCAGCCUGCUGAAAAGUACCCACAAAUAUUCUCCAAGGAGUCAGUUUUUGGGAGGUUUCCAUAUUUCUUACCUUGUGUAGCUGUGUCAUUGCUUGCUGCCAUUGUUCUCAUAAGUUGUAUAUGGAUGCCGGAGACCAUACACAAACAUAAGAGUCCGGAGAAGGAUAUCCAAAAGGUCAAAGCCUUGCCAUCGGAACAAUCUUAUUUAGAUUCACCUCGCAAGAAGAGUUUGCUCCAGAAUUGGCCAUGGAUGUCAACUAUGGUGUCCUAUUGUUUCUUUGGUCUUCAUGACACUGCAUAUAGUGAAAUACUUUCCUUGUGGGCUGUUAGUGACAGAAAGUAUGGUGGUCUUAGCUUCUCAUCUGAAGAUAUCGGUGGAGUUCUUGCCGUGGCAGGUGCUAGUCUUCUUGUAUAUCAGCUUAUCAUUUAUCACUGGGUUCAUAAGUUUCUGGGGCCAGUCAUUUCGUCGCGUGUUGCUUCUGCUCUGUCCAUACUUAUUGUCAGUACUUAUCCCUUUAUGACAUACUUAUCUGGCGCCAAACUUUCUUUUGCUCUCUACUCUGCAGCCAUGAUGAGAAGUGUUGUUGCGAUUACUGCCAGCACAGGAAUUUCCCUUCUGCAGAACCAUGCUGUGCGUCAAGACCAAAGAGGCACUGCGAAUGGUAUAUCGACAACUGCCAUGUCGUUUUUCAAGGCGAUUGCUCCAAUCGGGGCUGGUUAUCUGUUCUCAUGGGCGCAGAAACAUCAGGACAGCACCUUCUUCCCAGGUGAUCAAAUGGUGUUCUUGGUGCUGAAUUUGGUGCAGCUCCUUGGGCUCAUGUUUACCUUUGAGCCUUUCCUGGUAUUACCCACUGUAGGAGAAGAGUGCAGUUAGGAACAUAGCAGUAUAGAUUGUCACCUGUCAAAAUCUGUAAUAACAGCAACGUUCUUCCAAUUAUUUUAUAUUGUAAUAAUAACAGCAACAUUUUAAAACUUGGCAUGAGCCUAGGCGGCCAAUGUUCCUUUUC